AUGCGACACACUGCACCUUCAAAAAGAGCUCCUGAGGUGUCUCGCUCGGAGAAAAAUCCAGAUCCGCCACGAGCUGCUCCGCUUCAUUGUCAAACUCCACGUCAAAGUCACCGCGAUAGGCGCUGUAACUGCAGCGCAUGUGCAGGUGCAAGUCCAAGUGUAUGCGCAGGUAUAAGUGCAAAUGUAUGUGCAGGUGUAAGUACAGGAGCAGGUGUAAAUACAGGUAUAAGUGCAGGUGUAAAUACAGGUAUAAGUGCAAAUGUAUGUGCAGGUGUAAGUACAGGAGCAGGUGUAAAUACAGGUAUAAGUGCAGGUGUAAAUACAGGUGUAUGUGCAGGUGUAAAUACAGGUAUAAGUGCAGGUAUAAGUGCAAAUGUAUGUGCAGGUGUAAGUACAGAAGCAAGUGUACGUGCAAGUGCAGCACCAGCAAGAUGGAAGCAAGCAUGCAGGCUGGCAACUGCUGCUGCUGCUGCUGCUGCUGCUGCUGCUGCUGCUGCUGCUGCUGCGCUGCAUCCCGAGGAUGUGUGUCUUGAGGAUAGAGAGAAAAUGUCUUCAGUGAAGCACCGUGAAUCCAUGCAAUUUUUGCGUGGUUCAAGUAAUACACCAGCCAAGGGUGUUGCGUAUGUCAGCGAGAGUCUUAAAGCAUCUGAAGCAGCCGUAGCUGCGACUUCUAGCCUGACGUCUUCUCCGCUGCACUUAGCAGACAUCCUAGACGCGUGGAUGGGAGUUUUCGGAGGCUGGAUAUAUGAGAGCUGCUGCAGCUCAGCAUGCUGCAGCAGCUCGCAGCAGCACAAGCAGCGAAAGCACCGCCGUCUGCAACCUCGCAGCAGCUGCAGAGGACGAAGCAUUGCCGUUGACGUCACUUUGGCAGGAGCUGAGAAAAAACUCCUAACAGAAUGCGUGAAAGCUCUUGGCUGGAAGGCAGCAGACAGCUUUUUCUCCUCAGGAGAUCUCGUCUGGUUGGGAUGCGCCUUAUCGGAAACAGAUCACCUCGCGCUUUCUACUUCUUCUUCGCUGCGAGUUAUUAAUCGAUUUCCCUUUCUCUCGACGCUGGCGAACAAGCAAUGGUUGGCUAAUUUGCUUGGUGCGAUGCAGAAAUACUGUGCUUCUUCUUGCCAGAGUAGCAGCUCUGCUGCUGCCGCGAGAGAAGGAGAGCUGUUGCAGCAUGAACUAGAACCAAGUCUUUUUGCUUUUUAUCCAAAGACGCUCUUGCUUCCCGAGAGCAGCGACCAGCUGCUGCGCUCCUUCACACCGCCAGCAGCAACAGCAGGAGAAGUAGUAGCGGUGCCUAGCAAAGUUUGGAUUUUAAAGCCUUACACGGGAGCUCAAGGCAUAGGUGUGUUGCUGGCAUCUGCAGCGACGGAUAUUUCUCCGUCCAUUUUAAGGGGAGACUCCGCAGAUCUGUAUGUAGCGCAGCAGUAUAUUACCAACCCUUUCUUGCUGAACGGCAAGAAAUUCGAUUUUAGGAUCUACGUCUUGCUACUUGGAGUGUAUCCACACUUGCAGGUUUACGUCUCUCGUAGAGGUCUGGUGCGUUUUUGCGCUGAGUCUUACACCGCUGUCAAUCAAGGAUCUUCUUGGUCAGCUACUGCUCACCUCACGAACUAUGCCAUCAACAAGCUCCAUCCAGACUUCAAGCGGAGUUUGAAUCCACACGACGCAGAAGCGAACAAGCGACUGCUGGAGGACGUGUUGGAAGAGCUUGCAGCUCAUGGCGUUGACACGGAGAAUAUCUGGCAUCAAAUCAUUGAAAUCGUGUCUUGCACCAUGAGGACGUUGGAUCCACUUCUCUCGCUCAAGUAUCGUGCCUUGUGGGGUGGAAAUACCAGCAUCGCUGCCUCUCAGCAGCAGCAGCAAAGCGUAUGCUGCUUUCAGAUCUUAGGAUUUGAUCUGCUUCUUGACGCAACACACAAACUCUGGUUGUUAGAAAUCAACUCGAACCCUUCGCUGAGGACAGACUAUGAAGCGGAAGGCGCAGGAGGCUAUUUGAGCACGAAGGAAAGCGUCAUUGACAGGCGUGUCAAGGAGCCGUUGCUGCGAGAAGCUCUUGUCAUUGUAUAUCUCGCGCUGCUGUCUCCGGCAGCUUCUGCCAGCGCUCGUGCUGCAUCCACGGGAACCUCGCUGCAGCGCAGCAGGAGGGGGGGAAAACAGCUGAAGACGGCAGCUGCUGCAGAUGCGCGGAGACUCCGCCAUCGGCAGAAGCGGAAUCAGCAGCAGCGAAGUCAGCAGCGGCAAGUAUCCUUGCAAAGGGGAGACGCUGCAGUCGCGCCUUCCGUCGCCGCUGCUGCUUCUUCUGCUCAAGGUGUAGUGACACUGCCUUCACGACUUGUCAGUGAUGAGAACUUGCACUUUCCUUCUCUGCGUCAGGAAGAGGAGGCAGUCGAUGCUUCUACGCCAACGGCAGCAGCUCGAGGAGCAGCGAAUGCACCGACUUUUGUAUUCAAAAGCAGCCUCAAGAGAGCAGCAGCAAGCAGGAGGAUGCGCCAAGCUCGAGCAGAUUGCUAG